CAAAACCCAAUUUUCAACCAACUUUGGUUCUGCAACUUUCAUAUAAUCAGUCACGUAAUAUAUCAUCACACCAAACUCUCGUCUCUCCCUUUCAAUCCAUCCAAAAACACAAACACACAAAGUUGAAAUCUCGAUUUUCCUCUUAUGGGGUACCUUUCUUGCAGAGCUGAAUCAGCCAUCUCCGUCGCCAAUUCCCAAACUUCAUCCUCCAAAACCACCGCCACCGUCACCGCUGAAAAGCCCAUCAAGAUCGAACACUUCGACUACAGUGAUCUUGUGGCCGCCACCAAUGGCUUCUCCGAACAGAAGCUUUUGGGCAAAGGCAGCCAUGGCUACGUCUACAAAGCUAUGCUCCGCGGCCGUCUAGUUGCCAUCAAAAGACCCUCCAGAGCUCACAGCCAGACUCUCCGACCCAACUCGUGUUCUGGGCCGGAGACCGCCAACGAGGUCGACAACGAGAUCGAGAUCUUGUCCAAGAUUCAGAGUCCGAGGCUGGUCAAUCUUUUGGGGUUUUCGAAUGAUUCGAAAGACAGGCUUUUGGUGGUGGAGUUCAUGAGCAACGGUACGCUGUACGAUGUUUUACAUUCAAGUACGAAUCGGCCUCCGAAUUGGGGUCGUAGAAUUAGAUUAGCUUUGCAAACUGCUAAGGCAAUUGACAUUUUACAUUCAUCGAGCCCGCCUGUAAUUCAUAGAGAUAUUAAGUCUGCAAAUGUUUUGAUUGAUCGUAGUUACAAUGCCCGGUUGGGGGAUUUUGGAUUGGCUCUGAGGUACUGCCUGUUCGACGAAUAUAGGCUCCGGUCGACCCCUCCGGCGGGGACGAUGGGGUACUUGGACCCUUGCUAUGUGACCCCUGACAAUUUGAGUACUAAAACUGAUGUUUUUAGUUUUGGGAUUUUGUUGUUGGAGAUUAUAAGUGGUAGGAAGGCUAUAGAUGUUGGGCAUUCUCCGCCUUCGAUUGUGGAUUGGGCUAUCCCGCUUAUAAAGCGAGGGAAGCUGAUAACGGUUUAUGAUCCGCAAAUUGUACCUCCUAAAGACCCUGUUGUGAGGAAGCAAUUAGCUGUCAUUGCAGCCAAGUGUGUGAGGUCUUGUAGGGAGCGUAGGCCAACGAUGAAGGAGGUUGUGGUUUGGCUUACCGGGUUGAGUAAACUGGUUCCCCGGCAUUCGUGGAAUGGUUUUAACAAUCCGUGUACAAUGGUAGAGACCAUGGGGCGGCCAGUUGAGUCGAGGAUUGUGCAUUUGAGUUCGAAGCUGGAGGGUGUUGGAGAAGAGAAUUUGGAAGCCUUGGAAGCUAAGUUGGCUAGGAAAGUAUUGAGGAAUUCGCAGAGAGUUUAUUCGGAUUUGGGGUUUAGUAGCAAUCUGAUGGAGCUUAUGGCAGGUACUGAUGGGGAGCCUGACUUUCAUGGUAAUGCAGAUGGAGAUGAUCGCAGUUCAAAAUCAGCGAAUCAGGUUUCUAGAUUUGGUAGCGGACGAUACAUUGGCAGGAUUAAUAAAUCAACUCCUGGUAACGGGAAACAAGUCCCUGAUUUGAUGCAAAAUCAUUCUUUUGGGAAAAGGUCGUUUACAUGUUCAAGGAGAGAUGAUGCAAUGCCUCAUGUGAGCGGCAGUUUCCGUGCAUCUGCUGGUAUACAGCUUGCUGCAGAAAUUUGAUUUAUGUGAAUAGAACAAAGGCAUGUAAGCUUCCUUGCUUGCUAAUUUCACAUUGAUGUAGAUUUGUUGUUGGUAUCUCAUUUGUUCCGGGUUUUGUUAUCUCGCCUCUAGUGGUGUAUUCAUUAAUUUGUUCAUGUGCUGUUAAUUACGACAUGUAUGUCAGUCAAGGGUACAUUGCUGAUGUCCCCAGUUGUAAGUUGUCGAUCAUUUUUGUUUUUCGUCUUUGUAAGUUGUUUAAUGUCGAUGCAAGUGAUACCGCUGUUGUUCUUUGUAGUUCUGCAUCUAUAUUACUGCAUUGUUCCAA